AGCGGCAUUUAAACCCGCGGCGGCCGUUGGGGAAGCGCAUUUCUGCUUCCUUUUCGCAGGUGCUGGCGGCUCUGGAUCUUGGCAGUGGAAGGAUGAAGCCACAGGAAGACAGGUCGGUGCUGGGCAGCCCCGCGGUGGCCGUGGCGUUCUCGAGAGCUGUGUGCCGAGGCAGCGGCUACCGCUUCGCCUGCGAGCUCCUGAAGCACGUCCUGCACCAGCGGAACCAGCUCCCGCUCCCCUACGAGCAGCUCUCCUACUUCUGUCGGCGGGCGGCCCAGGAUGGAGAUGGAACUGACAAACCACUCUCCCUGGGCCUGGCAAGCAGAAAGUGCCAGCAGCUGCUGAUGGAGCUGGAGGGAUUGUUCCAACACCUGGAAGUCAUAUUUAGUCUGACGCUGGUUCCUCGAGUUCUUUUCCUACUUGGAGGCAAUGUCAUGAACCCCAAGGAGCUUUAUGAGCUGAACUUGGAGGGGUUCUGCGAGGGAGCGGCUGAAGAGAGCCUCCAGACUGCGCCCUGUGUUCGCCAGCUCUUCCACCGACUGUUUGUUGCUGAUGUCUUCAGUGAACUUAAGGCUCUCCCUAUCACAGGCACUCUUGUCCUGGUCCAGGGACACCGUGACUGUGGUGUUGAGUGGUUCCGGCCCAAGCUCAACUACCGAGUGCCGACCCGAGGGAGGAAGCUGACUGUUAAGGUGUCCUGUGAUGGAGACCUCCGUGUUAGUGCCUCACCUCAACAGCACAUGGCAUCUGCUUGGGAGGACUAUAUCUGGUUCCAAGCACCAGUGACCCUCAAAGGCUUUAGUGAAUGAGUUGUUUCUGUAGAAAUUUAGUUGGAAUAUUCAUUACUGGGUUUUUUCAGGUGUUAAUUUUAGCAAAUGUAACCAUGUCUUUUUGAACCAUGUCUGUCUGAAUGUAUUUUUCUUCAUGGUGUCUGCUGCCUUCCUGUAGCUUGCUGUGCUCAUCUAUUCUCCUUAUUUCCUUAGUUGUUGUUGAAGGCAAAUCCAUUUUAAAGCACAGUUGCACACAGGUCCAGAGAUUCUUUAGGGACCUGAUCUGUGGCAUGGAAUGAAUUAAUGUGUUGGGAAUAAAACUCCCUUGCUGUGUGCUUGCUGAACUGGUAAAUGCUGGAUGCAUACAAUCUCCUCCUGAGUUUUAAUAUGACCAUUUUCUGACCCUGCUUUUGCUGUGUUACCCAUAGGCUAUCUUAGGUAAAGUUGCUUCCCGCAAAAUAAGUCGGGGAAGAAAACCUUCUGCAGUCCUUAAAAAGCUCCCCAUAACAAGAAAACCAAAGGGCAUAACUGAAGCGGGACACAGAAGUAAUAUUGUUGCAGAAGAGGUAUUUGUUUCCAGCUAGUAAAGAAUAUGGGAGGAUGAAGGCAGCUUCUCGGCAAAGGGCUGGAGCCUGCCACGGCUGCCGUGGAGCUGCUUCCAGGGGCCCCCCACCCAGCAACCUGGCCUCAGCAGUUGUGGUGUGGGCCGCUCUUGAGUACCCAAGUGCUUGCCCAUCUACUUGAUAAAAUUACACUUCCCCAUAACUCACUUUCUGUUCUUUAACAUUCCAAAACUUCCAAAAAUUUUCUAUCAACUGAAAAAUCUUGUAGUUAGUGCUGUCCUGGAGAUUGAAAGAGACCGGUACUGUGAAGGCAGGGUAGUGAUAAGCAA